AUGGCUGCUCUACAAGACCACAGGAACGGAACAGCAACACCUCUUUUCAAAGAUGACACAUUGGCUGUAACGGAGAGCUCCAGCGACCCUCAGUAUGAAUGGGAGUACUAUUAUGAUUACCUCGAUCCCGUUAUUGUGGACGAGAGCAAGCUGAAGUACAACAAAUAUUUAAUAGUCAUAAUACUUUGGAUGACUUUGGCUGCAUUUGUGGGAUUCCUCUUUCUCAGCUUAAAUGUAAUGUCUCUCAGUGGGAACUUGCCAAAGAGACACAAAUCCAAAAAAUGAGAGUAACCAGAGCUUCAACUGCUUGACCACACACUAAAUGGGAAGGUUUGUGCUGUUGAAUAAAUAGUAAAGUCACAAACUAACCAGGUUGAAAUAAAAGAAAAUGUGAAAUUAUAGGAUUUGUUGCACCAUAAAAACAAAAAUGUAGCAAAUGAUUAAUCUUUCCUAUUUCAUCCACAAAGUGCAAGGCUGCCAAAGUUUCCUAAUGUUGCAUAACAUUUAUCUUGUUCUUUAAACUGCUGAUGUGUACAAGAGAACCACUCAGGCCAGGAUAUCUGUAUUCAUGGGAUUCAUUGGGUCAACUAAAUUGCCAUUGAUUGUUAAAUAUAUCGGUUCACAUUUUCAUACCUGUAUGUUAGGAGACACUUGUUCAAGGGUUGUAUACAAAAGAAUUUGAUGUCAGCAACACCAAAAAAGUUGGAGGCACAUUUACG